CUCCCUGCCCGCCGGGCGCCCCUGCGCCCACCCCGGCCCCCCAGCCCCAUGUGCCGCCCGAGGCGGUGAGCCAGGGGACCCAGGCGUCCGGGCAGAGGGUCCCCCACACGUGCGCCCAGAGCGGGCUAUGGGGGCCCCCCAGGGGUACCAGGCGUCGUGGUGGGUUUACCUGCUCCACCAGGUGCCGCGCACCAAUUUCCAGUUCGAGGUGGUGGAGAGCAGCUUUGCCCCCCAGGAUAGGGAGUACCAGCAGGCCCUGCUGCUCCUGGCCAGUGUGGCCGGGCUCUGCCUGGCCAUCAGCCUCGUUCUGAUCUGCGUCUAUCUGAUCCGGUUCUGUUGCUGCGACCCGGAGGACGAGGACGAGCCCAAGCCGCGCAGGGUUUGCUGCAUCACCUGGAGCUGCGUGGCCGCCAUCGUCGCGCUGACGCGUGACCCCGCCCUCGUGCCCCCCACGCCCCCUACCGUCCCGCGCCCCCUCAUCCCCGACAUCGCCAACCUCAUGCCCAGCCCGACGGCGGUUGGGGGAGGGGCUGAGCUGGGCCUUUCCCAGAUGCUGACUCUAGUGUCCCCGCCUCCCUCCCCCAGAAUGACUGUGAUGAGUUUCUUCGUUCUCAUCCUGAGCUGGGGCUCCCUGGGGCUGGAGAUGGCAGCAGCUGUGGGACUCAGCGAUUUCUGCUCUGACCCAGACGGCUUCAUCCUGAACCUGACCCAGGCCAAGACAGAACUGAGCCCUGAAAUCCUCCAGUACUAUCUCACCUGCAGCCAGGACGUCCCAAACCCCUUCCAACAGAGGCUGACCAUGUCGCAGCGGGCGCUGUCCAGCAUCCACUCCCAGCUGCACGGCCUGGAGAGAGAAGCUAUCCCACAAUUCCCUGCGGCAGAGAGGAACCUGGUCUCUGUGCAGGGCACCCUGAACUCCACGGAGAGCAACUUCCACCAGCUGGUCGCGCUGCUCAACUGCCGGGGACUUCACAAGGUAUCGGCUCCUGCCCCUCCAGGGGGUGUCCCACAGCUGGGCCCCCCUCUGGCAGGAUUCCCCCCUGCUAUGGUAGCCCCCCUGGACAGUGGUAGCUUCCCCAGGCUCCACCCCCCUGAGCUGUGGAAUCAAAGCGGUUCGUUCAGUGGCAGUCCUCGAUAUGAUAGCGUGCCCCUCCUCGACCGGCACUCCCCACCCCCCUCGUACUCACCCAGCAUGCAGGCAUCUUAUGUCGGCGCCAGUCAAGAGGAACCGGGCCCCUGAAACUGAAUGGACUUCCUGACCUAGAAUCCGACCCACGGCCCCCACCCCUGACUAACACAUGGACUGGCUGCCCCCCAUGGCCAAGUGCUGCUGGGCCCGACAGAACCAAACGGGGUGAAGGAGAGAGACAGGGGCUGCCCCCGCUGCGGCCACCCCCUGCUGACCCAUCCCUCCGUCUAUCUGGGUUUGAUGCCAGAGGUCUGUGCCCCUGAGAAUGGGGGGUGGGACGAAGGAGGAGGGUUUCCCCAUAAGAAUCCCAGGGGGGAGAAAACGGGGAAAGCAGAAGGAUGAAUGGAGGAGUGGAAGAAUGAGCGAGAGAGCAGAAGGGUGAAUGGAGGAGUGGAAGAAUGAGUGUGAGAGAGCAGAAAGGAUGAACGGGGGAACGAAGGAGCACGAGAGUGAAAGGGAAGGAAAGAAGACGUGAAAGAGUAGAGUGAAUGGAUGGGGGGAAGAAUGGAGAAAUUAAAAAGAAUGAAUGAAUAAAUGAACAAAUGAAUGAAUGAGCAAAAAGUUGAAAGAAUAAAUUAAGGAGAAGGAAUGUAUGGGGGAAAAAAGAAUGAAGAGAGAAAGAAGGAAGGAAGAAGUGUGAAAAAAUGUGAAAAAACAAUGAAAGAAGGAGGAGGGAAAGAAUGAAAGGCCAGAAAGAAGUGAAAGGCGGAAGGAGAGAAUGAACAGAUGGAUGAGUGGGAAAAGAACAAAGGAGAAAGAGAGAAAAGAAAUCAACGCCUGGAGUGAAAGAGACAGAGUGAAGGAAUGAAGUGUGAAAAAAAGAGCGAAAGAAGGCGGGGAAAAAGAGGAAAAAGGAGCAAACGGAGGAACAGGAGAGGGGAUGGGACAAGGAAGAGUAAAGGACCGAAGGAGUGAAAAAGCACAGCCGAAAAGGAGCCCAUUGGAAAAGGAGGGAACGAGAGAGCGGGUGAGUGGACCAGAAGAGAGAACAGUGGCCAGCCAGACAAGUGAGCCCAGCAGCAACAUGGGGCCCGGCCAGCCCUGGGCGCCAGCCCCAAUUAACGUCUAACCCCCCUGCUGCAGUGGGCCGGCCCCCGGGCUGUAGAGCAGAGACCUGUAGGCAGAGGAGAGAGGUGACUGGCGCGAGCUGGGGGGGACCCCGCCUGCCGUCCCAAUUAGAGCCUCGGCCACUAACGAGCCUUCGAUCCAGCGGAACGAGAAAUAAAAGGGAAAUUUUAUUUUA